UUCGUUCGACCAUUCCCAGCCAGCAAAUAUCUUGUAAACAUGCCGAAUGCCGGUCAUUAACAACCAAAGUGAUCGUUCAUCACAAAGGAAUUUACUUCGAUCCGCUGCCCAUUUUUGCACGCACCAUCAUCAUCUGCGGCUGCUCACUGAACCAUGAUCAAGACCAACAAACAGCAGCAGCAGCAGCAGUUCCUCUAACCUAUAUAACGAGAACCGCACUCGCGCAAUCGCUUUAAUCGAUCGAUAACCCCGCGAAGCCAUAACGAUGUAUCCCGCGUGGUUGUUACUAUCCGUAACGGCUGCCCUCGGAAUCGGUCCGGACGUAGCGUGUGCCAUCGGCGAACAGCUGGCACUGGAAAAGGUUCCACCAACGCCGCGACUUUGCAUCCAGGAAGGAUGCCUUUUCGGGCGAGAUUUGGACGGACUGGAGGGAGGGAAGUACGAAGCGUUCACAGGAAUUCCGUACGCAAAACCACCCGUAGGUGAGUUGAGAUUCAAAAAUCCUGUGCCUAGUGAACCGUGGACCGGAGACUACGAUGCCACGUGGGAACGAAGUCGAUGCAUUCAAAAGAACGAUCUUCGACCACAGGCUGUGGUCGAAGGAAGUGAGGAUUGCUUGUAUCUUAAUGUGUUCAGACCCAAGGUAAACUUCAGAGGACCGCUUCCAGUUAUCUUUUUCAUUCACGGUGGAGGCUAUGCAACAGGGUCCAUUUCGUUGGGGGAGUAUGGCCCUGAACGACUAAUGGAUACCAGCAAAGUGAUCCUCGUGAUGGUGCAGUAUCGGUUGGCAGUGUUUGGAUUCUUGGCAACUGGAGAUGAAGCCUCACCCGGAAACUACGCCAUGAAGGAUCAAGUGAUGGCCUUGAAGUGGGUUCAACGUAACAUUGCACAAUUUGGAGGAGAUCCUACGCGUGUCACAAUCAUGGGGCAAAGUGCAGGUGGAGCUUCGGUUCAAUUGCAUCUGAUGUCCCCUUUGAGCAAAGGACUUUUCUCAAAGGCAGUUAGCAUGAGCGGAAGCACACUCGGAUUCUGGAACUACAAUCAUGACCCAUUAACACUGGCUCGGAGACAAGCCGCUGCUGUGGGUGUCGAAGGAGCUCAAGAGAUAUCAACUGCAGAACUGGUAGAAUCCCUCAGAAAGGUCGACGCACUUACGUUGGCCAGUAGCAUUGACAGCGUGAAAUUUUUCUACAUUCAUCACAUUACUACGUAUACUCCGGUUGUUGAGAAAUUCGUUACAGGCGAAUCAUUCAUGACGGAAGAUCCACGAGAUCUAUGGUCUACGGGGAGGUAUCACCAGGUUCCAUAUGUAAUGGGAUUCGUUCCCAAUGAAGGUGUAUUCACAGCGGACAUUAUCGCGAACAAAACCCAGCUUGAAGAACUGAACGCAAAUUCGCGAAGUCUUAUACCUCAUUUCGUUGGCGUUGACACCAAUCCAUUGAGUGUGCAAAUGUUAAAAGACUCUUUCUUCCCAGAUGGAACCAACGAUCAAUGGUUAACCGACGAUAACCUUUACGAGUUACAAGAGAUGCUGUCCGAAGGCUACAUCAGCUAUGCAAUCGUGCUGAGUAUCAAGCAAUAUUUGCACUACCAGACCACGACUCCCAAGGCCCCGCUCAGUCUGUACUACUUCAACUUCAAGGGUCGCUAUUCACGGUCCCACUAUUACACGCAAACGUAUGCCGAUUUCGGUGUUUGUCACGCAGACGACCUGAACUUCCUGUUUCGUCCUUCGGCAAUCAUCCCAGACUACGGUCCGGAGACGCCCUCCUGGUAUAUGGCGAAAGCCCUGGUCGACUAUUUCGUGCAGUUUGCAACCAAUGGCAUUACUGAACCACUGUGUACGACCGAAAGCUGUCCAAUUUUACAAUUCACCAACUCGGAUGACCCACGAUACCCUGUGAGGACCAACUAUUUGGAAGGUUUCAACGAGGAGCGUUUUGCUUUCUGGUAUAACUUGUAUGCAAUGCAGAACUAUUAAAUUGAAUGGGCUCAACACUACCAAUGCAUUUGAAUAAUAAA